AUGGGAAAUUAUUUUUAUGCUAUUGGUGAUUAUAAUAGAACGGUGACUAAAACAGUGGUACGUUUUGAUGGUAAAAAAUGGGAACGAAUUUGUGAUUUAUCAGUUUCACGUAGCGCUUUACGUGUUGUACUACUGAAAGCUUGGCCUGAUCCAACUAAAUUACUUUGCAAUACGAAUACAAAUUCAGAAACUACGCAAAAUUGGACGUAUGAAAUAGAAUCUUCAGAAUCUCAAGAAACGAGUAGUUCUCAAAUAACAGAUGCAAGUGAUAAUUCAAACUGA